AUGGAGGACUGGGAGACUGGUCCUAGACUGAAAACCAGGGGCCAGGAGCAAGUUCAAAGGACUAGCAUGCCCAGGGGGUGCCUCCAAGUGGAAGGAGAGGCCAGAAGAGAGAUCAGGGACCAGGCUAAGGGCCAGAGGGCUGGCAGACUGGUCCUAGACCAAAGUGGAGAACCAAGGCCUAGAGCAAGUCCAAAGGACAGGCACCAUUCUGAGGCCAAGGAGACUGGUGCAGGACUAGGACAGGGGACAGGAGACCUGGGACAGGUCUGUGAGGACCAGGAGGGGCUGAGGAAGGCCAGGACCAGUCUGAGACCCAGUAACAGGUCCAGACAGGUCUGGGUGAGGUGGCCAAACCAGACCAAGGCUGGAAUGGCCAGUAAUGAAGGGCAGGAGGUGGAUAGAAGUGGCAUCCAGGUUUCAGGCAAGUCCAGGCUGGUAACACACAGUCUGGAGGCCAAAAAGGCAGUCUGGGGCUCCAAGGCCAGUGUAGCUGAGGCUGAGGGUGGAGACUGGACCCAAAAACUGCUGAAGCUGAGUGCUGAUGGGGAACAGGGAAGGUGUUGA